UUAUGGCUCGUCGCAUAUUACUGACGUCAUCGCUUCCCUCACCAAGAACCUACCCUCACACGUGUGGUGGUUGUCGCUCACUGUUUGUCCAUGGCAGGCUCCUUUUCUCUUGAGCUUGAGGAUUUGUUGAAUCCUUUGCCCAAAUUUGCUGAUCCAGAGGAUGACGAAGACGAGGCGACCAAAGCAAAAGUGACAGAGAGAUUCAACGAGCACCAGGAUGAAGAUGGGGUCGGUCUCAGUGCCCUGCGGAAGCACAACACAUCCCUGCUCUCAGAAACGGACAGGCGGUAUGUGGGGAGGACAGUCUCUCGUAAACAGCUGCUGUUGGAUAUUGAGGCAUCUGGUGAGGAGGAGGAGGAGGAGGAGGAGGAGGAUGACCUGGAGGAGGGUAGCAUAGGAGAGCAAGAAGAAGUAGAUCCUAUGGGAGAUGAGGGAGCCGCUGAUGAUGAUGAUGAUUUAGAAAAUGAUUUCGAAGAUGAGGAGGAGUCUGUGGGCAGUGAUGCACAACAAGAUGCUAAGCUGGUGUCUAAGACAAAAGGUGCAGACACGACCCUUCUUUCGGGAGUGAACUACCGCAAACUGACAGAGGACAUGGACGACCUGGGUGUGAGUGAAGAGGAUGGUGAUGAUGACAGCAGUGGGGAGGAGAGCGAAGGCAGUGAUGAUGAUGAGGACGACAACAAUGACGAAGAUGGCGUGGAUGAGGGAACUGUCCACACAUUUUCUCAAGAGAAAGUAGACAAGGAAGUUGAGAAAGGGAAGGCUGUGAAGGACCAGCUGGCCCUGUGGGACCAAUUGCUCGAGGGUCGAAUCAAAAUCCAGAAAGCUCUGGUGACUGCCAACCAGCUUCCACAGACGCAGACCUUCCAAAAGUUCAAGAAGAGGGGUGGAGACGAACUUGCGGGGGAGCUGAAAAACACCCACAAAGCAUUGAAGGCUCUUCAAAGAUCCCUGCUGGAGCUGCAUGAUCAGCUGCUGUACCAGCAUGCAGACACGAGAACCAUUGCUCAGGGGAAGAUAGAAGCUCAGGGUGAAGACGAGGAAAUAAACAGUGAUGAGAAUGAGGACGAAGAGGCGUCCGCGCAGGAGGUCGGAGCGCCUAAGCGAAAACUGGAGAUGGCAGAAUAUCCGGACUUCAUGGCCAAACGCUUUGCCGCUUUCCAGCCUUACCGUGACACCACGUUGCAAAAGUGGCAUGACAAAACCAGACUGAUUAUGGGCAAAGGCAGCAAGGGCUUCGGUGCAUUCGACAGAAACAUUUUGACCCAGGUGGAGCAGGUGCUGAUGGACAAUGAGAGGCUGGUUCGGCGCACCCAGACCCGACGCUCUGAAUACAGAGUCCUGGGGAAAAAAGAGGACGCCGCUCUCACUUCCGAAACCGUCUCCACAGAGGGAGAGGAGCUGGAGCAACAGCUGAAAGCAAACAUGCAUCUAAAGGAUCUGGACGAGAAUAUCUUUGAUGACGAUGAUUUCUACCACCAGCUGCUAAGAGAGCUGAUUGAGCGCAAGACGAGUGCAGCGGACCCCAAUGACCAGGUUGCUAUGGGCAGGCAGUGGCUAGCCAUCCAGAAGUUGCGCAGCAAGAUCAAGAAGAAGGUAGAUACCAAAGCCAGCAAGGGGCGUAAAGUCAGAUUCCACAUCCACAGCAAGCUGGUCAAUUUCAUGGCUCCUAUUGACCACAGCUCAGUGAGUGACGAGGCACGCAGCGAGCUGUAUCGUGGCCUCUUUGGUCAGAACUCCACAGUCAGGGAGUGAUGUGUAGAGGGUACUCGGGAGGAGCACCUACCUAAGUGCCAGGAUGUAAACAAAGCAGUGCCUUUUCUUUCUUUCUUUUUUUUUAUAUACAAACCUCAAAUGAUGCUGAGCAAGGACAGAGAGUGGGCCUGCUCUCUGUCAGGAGAAGUUCUUCUGUGACUUGACAGACUAUGGACUUGUAUGGCGCAUACAGUUCCCUCAUAAAUACCAAGUGGAAUUUUCAGUAUGUGUUGUUUCCACAACAAACAAAAUGCAUAUUGUGUUGAGUGGAUUUGAAGGAAGAAAAUUAAUGUAAAUUUUUCUUCUGUCACCAAGUCUCAUUAUUCAAGUAAAAUGUGUACAAAUUAUACCUUUUUUUUUUUUUCAAUCAAACUGCUUACGGUAUACUUGUCUUAGUAGUUUACAGUUUUUUCCAGUUAGUACAAGAAAUCAACCUGCUUCACUGCUUUAUACUAACAGAGUGGAACAAUACUUGCAUCGUAAAACUGCAAUUUCAGAAUGUCACUGGCAAUAAAAUUCAGACAAACGGCAAACUACUUUGCCACAAAAAGUAUUUUUUUUUGUGAGAUGAUUCACAAUACGUAAAUAAAGUAAAUAAAGAAAACUAAUUCCAGUUCCAGCUUCUUUUCUAUAUGUGGAUCGCAUUGUGGGAGAAUAACAUUUAUCAACAGCACACUCAAAAUCAAGGCUGCGUAGUACGUACUCCAGCUGCCCUUACAAAGUGCACUGUGGCAUGCAUGCAGUAUGCACACAAUUUGGACACACUACUUCCUCAUAACAUUG